CCCACAUCCCACCCACCCCACACCCACAUCCCACCCACAACCACACCCACACCCACCCACACGCACACCCACACCCACACCCCUAUUGAAGUCUAAACUACACGUUAGUAUUAAUAAUAAAUAAUUGCUUUUGAAAAUCACAUGAAAAAUAAUCAGGUUCAGUUGUGAUGCCAGUUUCCUAUUCGCUUCAUCUUGUGCACACCCAAAGACGAUUACAUUACUAAGGGUACUGUAUUGUUAAAAAACAUAGAUUAAGUAAACAUAUGUAAAAUAUUUAGUCAAAAAAAGAAUAAAUCGAAUCUGAAUGCAACUUUAGUCAUUCGUGUCACACUUUGAUUGGAAAAAUAUAAGUAUUGAAGUAAAAUUUUUAACGUAUCUCAAAGAGCAGAUCAAGAACUAUCUUUUUCAUGUAUUCAUCUCGAUGUCGAUCGUUCUGGAAGAACUUGAAUUUGUUUUAAUGCACGCAAUUCAAAAAAGUAUAUCUUUUUGUAAGUUUUGCCAAAGAACAUUUUAGACACAUUCAAAUAUUUCUUUUUUGAACUGUGUUUUUGAAAUUAAUAUGGCAAUUUUGACUACAAGGGUAAUAAUAUUCAAUAAAAACUGGUGAAAACAUGUUUUACAUUAAAUAGUUGUCAUACUCAAACGAUUAAUUAUGUGAUAUUGAAAUAGUUUGCAUGAAAACAAAGGAAAAAGAAAUGUAUUAUAGAGACUGUCGCUAGAGAUAUGAUGCAUGAUCGUCUACGUUUUAUCGAAGACAUUCAAAAAAAUGGAAUAAAACAGAACAAUAAAAACAUAAAAUUCUUGUUUUUCAAUGACUAUGAACAUGGAAACGUCUUUAUAAGAGGCUAUUCGCAACGAGAUAUCUCUGGAUAAGGUUUCAAACUUAAUUAAGCAAGGUGUUGAUUGCAAUUUAUCACAUUUUGAUCCAUAUAAUUUCAAGUUUAUUUCACCGAUUAAGUUGGCUGCUGGAAGGGGUGUGGGUGUGGAUGUGAAUAAGGAGAGUAGCCACAUCCACACCCACACCCAAAGAAGAUUAUAUUAUUUUAAAAAAUAGGAAAAAUUUUUCAAGUGAUAUUUGGACAAAAUUUAGUUUACCAGCACGAAGAAUUGCUAAAAAUCCAAAUCGAUAUGAAAUUAUACCAAAUUAUUUAUCAUGCAAUAAAUGUUUUCAAACUUAUCGAUUUUUAGAUUCAAAUACUAGUAGUAUGCGAGAUCAUAGAUGUCCAAAGGAUAUCUCCAGUACUCAAAUGCAAUUAAAAUCAUUUGUUACAUCAUCACCAACAGCAUCAUCAUCAUCAUCACCUUCACUUAGUGGCAUGAGACCAUUUCAAAUCAUAUCUGAUUCAGGCUUGCAGGCCAUACUACAAGAAUGUUUAGAUAUUGGAUUAUAUUGGGAAAAUAUUCGAGUAGAAGAAAUUUUAUCGUGUGAUCGUACAAUUCGAAAUGAACUAUCUAAACAAGCUGAGAUUGAACGAAACCAACUACGACAAUUAAUUUUAGAUUGUGCAAAAUCAGGUCGUCUUUGCAUCAGUCCAGAUAUCUGGACUGAUAACUAUAGAAAAAUUUCUUAUUUGGGUGCGACUGCUCAUAUGGUUGAUGAAAAAUUUGGUUGCCAUUCCAUUGAUUUAUUUUGCAUAGAAUUUAAAGAUAAAAAAAAUCCAGCAAAUAUACUAAAAGUGAAAGAAAAAAAAACACCAUCUAAAUCAUCACCAAUUAUUUCAACCGAAAUCACACCAAUGAAAACAACAAAUGUUGGUCGACAACCAUCUCCAGAAUUAAUCUCAAGUGAUGAACAAACUGAUGACGAAGAAAAAGCAGCUCUCGAAGGGUGGGACCAAGAAGAAGACGAUGAUGAUGCUGAUACAAUCGAUUAUUCUAUAUUAGAUUUAUCUAGUAUUCCCUGGAAUGCUCAGGAAAUUUUAGAAACAAUAAAAUAUUGUAAAGUUCUUGUAAAAUAUGUUAAAAAAUCUACUUUAAACAGACAAAUACAGUUAUUUGAUGUUGAACUUGAUCGUAAUGAAGAACAACAUUUAAGAUUUACUACAAUUUAUCAGUUUUCACUAAUUCGAUGGUUAUCCAUGUGCAAUUUACUUCAAAGUAUAAAAAGAUCUUAUGAACCUUUACGAAUACUAUUGCUUGAAAUUAAACAAUUACAUCGUCUUGAAAAGAUCAAUAUAGUGAUCGUUGAUCAAUUGAUAGAUUUUCUACAACCUUGGCAAAAUAUUCUGAAAGAAGUACAGAGGGGAAAUGGGCCAUCGUUGCAUGUUGUAUUUCCAUGCAUUAACUAUUUACAAGAAGAUUUACGUAAACGCGAGCGAAGCGAUAAAAGUGGUAAGAUCUAA